AUGGAGCAAGAAAGAGAAGAAGGUGAAAUGAGCGAUGACAAUGAAAUGCUAGUAGACGAUGAAGAAACCCAUACUAUUGAUAAUAACAUAAGUAGUACCUUGUUUUAUAAAGCUGAUAAAAACGGACUUAUUGUUGAAGAAUUAAAAAAAGUGGAUGCGUCUAAACUAGAAGAGCGGGCUAAAAGAUUUGGGUUAAAUCUUUCCGGAAACAAAGUAAUUACACAACAUCAAAUUGAUGAACUGUAUAUUAACUUUGGAAUUCAAAGUGGAAAUGAAAGACAUUUUAGGCUUGACACACUUCAUUUAAAUGGUGUUAGUGGACUAACUACAAAAGCGAUCUUUGAAUAUCUAGAGGAUUAUAAACCUGUUUCUUUAGAAUGUAUUGAUGAUAAUUCUUGUAAUAUGGUAUGUCAAGAUCAUAUAUCUGCUGCAUUAGCUUUAUUAGUGCAUUCUAGAGAAAUAAAAAAUGAAGAGAUCCAAAAGAUGUUAUUGGAUAAAUCAUCAUAUCACUGGAGAGAAGCAAUGCCACAUCCAAAGGGAGGUACAAUAUUGAUACGAUUUGCUACAAAUAGUGAUAAGAAAAUUGCUAUAAAAAAGCCAGAAAGGAAAUUGAAUGACACUUGUGAUAUGGAAAUUAUAAAUAAUCCGACUAAAAACCCAUGGGGUGAUUUAUGUAAAUCAUGGGGAGUUUAUGACCAUCAAGAAAUAUUUAAAAGGAAAUUUCCUAAAACAAAUUUUGAAGAUCAAUAUGAUGAGCCAAUUGAAACUAUACAAUUAAAAAAUAAGAAACUUGCCAUGCGUCUUGGAAAAAGGAAUCAUAAAGUUGAAGAUGAUGAAGAUAGUAGUAAUUCUGAUUCAGAAUGGAAAAAAAGGUCUAAAACUCCCAGAAUGAGGAUGCAUGCUGAUGAUGAGGAAUCAAAACAAGUUAAACAAAAAACUUAUCAUUAUGAUGAGGAAAAUAAGAGUAGUUUUGCUCCAUUAUCCAUUGAAGUGGUAAAUUCAAGAAGUACAUUUUUUCCAAGAGAAACAAAAAUGGUUUCUGACAAAUUUAAAUAUAAAGAUAAAAAAACGAGUUAUCCUUCUAAAAAUAUUCAAUCAAGAUUAGGAGUUAAAGUAGUACAAGAUCAAUUAAAUUCUAGUGAUGAAUAUUCAUCUGAUGAAACUGACCAGUAUACAAUGAGUAAAGUGCAAAAAGUAACAAAUCAUGGUAAAAGUUCUGUGUGGUCAAGAUUAGAAGCUAAUGUGGCCAAAAAUACAAAUCAAAAUGAUUUAAGACAAAUUUUGACAACAAGAAAACAUAAAUCAGAUGACCUACGAGAAAAAUUGAGUAAAUCUAAACAAUGUAAUUUACGUAUUGAAAUAGACAAUAGUUAUACUGAUGAA